AUGCUGGGGGGCGAGCCUCUUAAAAUAGCUAAACAGUUUAAGUAUUUGGGCCACAUGCUAACUGAGGAACUGAAUGACGAUUUCGAUCUGGAGAGGGAAAGAAGGGCGUUGGCAGUGAGGGGCAAUAUGCUUGCCCGCAGCCUGUGGGUAAGCUUUACUCAGAGGUACUAUAACACAUUAAGGGUGCAGUACAACAACAGCCUCAGGAUGCUGCUGAGGCUGCCAAAGCACUGCAGUGCAUCAGGCAUGUUUGCCGAGGCACGGGCGGAUGACUUUUUCGCCAUAAGGCGGAAAAGAAUUGCCUCGAUGCUAAAGCGAGUGCGUGGCAGCAGCAACUGUAUGCUGAGGGUGUUGGCGGAGCGCCUGGACUGCCCGCUAACAAAGUACUGGGUUGAUGUGGUCAUUGGUAGGACCAAGUAG